AUGCCUCAAUUCAUUAAAUUCCCCAUUGACUGGCCCACGCACAUCGAGGUCGACCCUGACACGUUGGAAAAGAGUGCUCAUGGUAAGCACGAACAACGAGAAGAUUGCACCUGUGACUACUGUCACGAGUGGUUCUUCUCUGGAGCUGUUGAAGAGAGGAAGCCAUCAGAUAUAUCUGCAGCAUUACCCACAUCGCAAGAACCCAAACAAUCUCCCAUUGAAAAGCCAACUCAAGAAAAAUGGGAGUUCCUCGACGUUGACGGCUGCAAGUGCCACCGCGGACGCUGUCAAGUCCAUCAAUUCAAGUUAUACUCGAUAAAACACCAAAUGUUGGUUGAGGAAUACUCAAAGCUCAUGGAUGAUUGGUGCAUCACGAUAAACGUGGAUGCGCAGUUGGAUGAUCUAUCGGAUCUCCAUUUGCGACACGCCCAAUUCGUCAAGAAACUUAGUGAUGCAGGAAUCAGUCUGAAAUUUGGGUGCUAUGGACGGUGGUGUAGAAAGGCGAAUUUCACAGCACACCGAAGAAGGGGAUUUUCUUCAUUAGAAGAGUCAGUUAUGAAGUCAGUUGUGAGCAAAUUUGAAUGGUCAGUGAUUAGAUAUCGUUGUGGUAGACGAGGCCUGCUCAACCACUGGCGCAUUUUGAGCCCAGCCCAAUACAAGCCAGUCAAGACCUUUUUGCGAGAAUCCUGUGCUAGAUGA